AUUCUUAACUAUUUCAAUAAAAGCCUAAUUCUAAAUUUAAAAUGAAUCGCAGACGACACUCUCGUCCUCUCUUAUUCUUGUCUCCUCCAAAUCUCUUCUCCCUUCUCAUCCGCCAUGGUUUUCAUCUUCGACUUCUCAUCUGCAGCUUUGCAAGCAUGCCAACUCGCCACAGUAGCCGCAUCCUGGGAUGCAACCUCGUUGACCGCUUCUUUGUCUCAUAGCAUGAUAGCCUAUCCUGCUCACCGCACCAUUCUGAAGCUCCCAGCAGAUGAAAAUAUCCUGUCAAAAGGUCCUUGAAGUAAUCAAGAAUAAUUAUGUUUAAGGAAGAUUUGUUUUGUUGCACAUUCUGUUUGAAGACUUGUUGCUAGAUAUACUUUGCCAUACUGUAUAUUCCUACAAAAAGGGGAAAGCAGAUGACUUAUCUAAUGAUUCUCUCAAAGAAGGGUCAAGGUGAAGAAUUGUUGGUUUGGUACCCAUGAGUCGAUUUGUGUAUAUAAAGAUUGACGCGUGUUCUUUUAUUUCCGUUCCCAAGUAGUAAAAAUCCCAUUUCUUGCUGGCUUUGGGGAGCGUAUUUGGGGGUCAUCAUGAGCUACCUGGGUCUUGGAGUUAGCCCCCGAAAUGUUCCAGUCUACCAUGGCAGCAGCUUGAAGGUGUUUGAUAAGAGAGUGAGACUUGCAGAGCUGGUUUUGAGGUGUGUCAUAUGUGCCUUAGCUCUAAUUACUGCUCUUCUUAUAGCUACAGACACCCAGGUCCAAGAGAUCUUCACCAUUCAAAAGAAAGCUACAUUUAAAGACAUGAAAGCCCUAGUGUUUUUGGUGGUAUCCAAUAUAUGGGAUAUUAGCUGCCUACUCACUUGUUCAGGCUGUGAGGUGCACAGUGAGUAUCAUCAGGGGAAGUGUUCUCUUCAACAAGCCCCUAGCCUGGGCUGUUUUUUCUGGUGACCAGCUGAUGGCAUACUUAAGUUUGGCUGCUGUAGCAGCUGCUACACAGUCUGUUGUGAUAGCAAAGUUCAAGCAGAAUGAACUGCAAUGAAUGAAGAUAUAUAACAUGUAUGGAAAGUUCUACAACCAAGUCGCGGAAGGCAUCACAAGUUUGUUGUUCGCUAGCAUAAGUUUGGUUAUUCUCUCAGGUUUAUCGACUUUUAGUCUCUUCCGUUUAUACGGUGAAAAUAAAUCCAAGUGCAAUGGGAGAUGAAGGCUGGACUAGAAGUUGUGUAGGAUUUAGCUGUUGGACUUUGAAGACUAGUAGUAGUGUAUUUUAGUGGCUAUUCGUCGUGUAUGUGAAAGUGGAUGUUAUAGAUUAGUGGCUGUGUAAAAUACGACAUGAAAAUCCAUGUUUGUAACCUUUGUUGCUCUCUUUACACGUAAUGCAUUCAUCAGACAAAAAAAGUGUGUGGUUUCUUAUAUUUUUUUUCAUUUUGAUGAUAGUUAUUGAAGUGCCCAUAAAUGGGACGACAACGGGUUUCAAGAAGGCAGUGGAGGG